UCCCAUCCCCAACCCAAACCCAACCCAGCGCCCGCCGCCUGCCGCCGACGCCGGCGAGGCGCGCGUCGAGAGCAUCACCUCCUACUCCUCCCGCACAAGCCGGGAGCCAUGUCCUCCAUCCGUUUCCUCCCGGCGACCUCCCAGACCGCCGCCCCGGCGCGGCCCCUCGUCAAACCCUCCCCAAAACCCCUCGUCCACAGCCCCGUCGCCGCCACCGCCGCGUUCCACGCCCGCGGAGGGAGCGACCGGAUACUCCCGCGCCUCUUCCUGAGGAGGCGGGUUCGGCAGCCUGCGGCGACACCGGCCGAGGCGCCUCCGGUGGGCCCCGAGGGCGGCGGCGGCGGCGGGGGAGGGGCGGGGGGCGGGGGCGGAGGGGACGAGGAGGAGGAGGGGAAGAAGGGGCUGCUGCCGGAGUGGCUCAACGUCACGACGGACGACGCCAAGACGGUGCUGGCCGCCAUAGCCAUCUCGCUCGCCUUCCGCUCCUUCGUCGCGGAGCCGCGGUUCAUCCCCUCGCUCUCCAUGUUUCCAACCUUCGACGUCGGCGACCGCAUUGUCGCGGAGAAGGUUACAUACUACUUUAGAAAGCCAUGUGUAAAUGACAUAGUAAUCUUCAAAAGUCCACCAGUGCUUCAGGAGGUUGGGUAUACUGAUAAUGAUGUUUUCAUCAAACGAAUAGUUGCCAGGGAGGGAGAUGUUGUUGAGGUUCAUAAAGGAAAGCUAGUUGUGAAUGGUGAAGUUAGAAAUGAAGAGUUUAUUCUUGAGCCACCUUCUUAUGACAUGAACCCAGUGCAAGUACCUGAGAAUUCAGUUUUUGUAAUGGGAGAUAACCGAAACAACAGUUACGAUUCACAUGUGUGGGGCCCUCUUCCUUCUAAGAACAUAUUGGGGAGAUCCAUUUUCCGGUAUUGGCCUCCUGGCCGAAUAGGGAGCACUACCACUACUUGCCUCAUCCCCGAGACAAGUUCAAGUUCAGACUCGAUUAUUGAUGUCAAAUUGGCAAAGUAGAAGCUCAACAAUUGAUCAUUGCAGUGUGAAGUUUAAGCUUCACAGGAUCUCCUAUUCUUUAUUAUUCUUCUCUUCUAUAAAGUUAGGGGAAUAUUUGACAGCAGGUCACCUAGAAAUCAGAACCUUGAUUUCACCAUGUACGAUAGCAGCCAGCACGAGCAGAGAAACCAUUUUGUUUCAAGGUUUCUACUAGCUUUGGCCCCUUCUUGUAUAUUAAGAACCUGUAAGGAUGUUGGCUUAGUGCUUCGGUACAAAUGAUUCUUCUGUUGUAUUUCCCAUUUUGUGGCACCCCGCGUGCAUCAUCUCCAUGGUCUAGUAAGGGAGCUACAGUGCUGGACACAAGAUGUAACCCAAUUCAUCCGGCAUGUCACCUGAUUGCCUUGCAUAUUUGUUGCUAAUGCUGACUGAUUUAUGAGAAUUCAAGUUCUGCCAACUUGUGCCCUGUAUGAACCAUUGCUCCCCCACAGAACCAAGUGUCCUCAUGGUCAUGGAUGGCAUAUACCCUCUCCGUA